AUGAUGCUUCCAGUAAACCUCCAUGACAAUGCCAUCCAAGCAUUUCAAAGUAUGAGAAUGGGAAAGGGUGAUUUCAAAGAUUGUAAAUUCCUUGUCAUGAAGAAACAUCAAGAAGGUAACAUCCAACUCGACGAUGAGCUAAAUGCCAAAUGCCAAACUUUGGAAGAUUUGACCAACUCUCUGCCAAACAAUGAAACUAGAUUCAUUUGUUAUCAUUUACGGUUUGAAAUGCCAAAAAGUCAAGAACAUGAAUCUGCACGUGAAGGCACUCGAAGCAAAAUUGUGUUUUUAGUUUGGUGUCCUCCUGCCACACCUGUCAGAGAGAAAUUCCAAUUGGCUGCCUCAACAAAAACUGUCAAAGACAAGUUGAAUGGUAUUUUCGUGACUCAUAAUGCCUCGAGUAAGGCUGAUUUGGACGAACAACAAUUGAUUGAAAGAUGUUUAACCAUUAUGAAGUAA